GAAACUUUCGCCCACGUCCCCCCUUCGUUCGGUCCACGUGCGUCGUCUCGAAAACCGUUGUCUUUGUCGGAAGUUGCUCACUCUGAGGUGGUGCUCCGGGCAAGCGUGAACACCGGGGCCGUCUGUGAUUUCCCAAACGCGAUUUUGAGCAUCUUUGACUCAGCAGGUGGGUGGAAACGAGGAAAAAAAAGGGGGAAAAGCCCCUAUAGACGGACAAUUGACGCACGUGGUGUGACGUUUUAUGACCGAAGACGCUCCGUAGACGCUCCGUGUCUGAUGCAAUAUUGUACCUGCGUAGCUGCCGUUUAUAUCUGACUAUUUGCCAGCUUAUUUAAUUCAGGUUUUAUCAUCUUUUCGCAGCAACGGUAAGCCUAACAUGUGUUUAUAUUUCGUUAUUUAUGAUGACAAAGAACCGACCAUAUUUGACAUCCUUUUCACACUCAUCCUGUCCGUAUUGAUUUGUCCUCAUCUCGGGGUUAUAACACGUAAUGCUGAUGUCCGUGUGUUAUUUCUGCUGUUUUCGUAUAGAAAUGCGUUUUAUUUCCUUUUUUCAUUCAUGUCUUGCAUGUCUGAAUGAUGUCAUGGAUUAUAACUAACGUGGUACUACUAUUCAAGGGAAGCAUUGAGCUCAUCAGUCCUUUAUCCUUAUCGAUUAUACGAUUAUUUUAAUAACGAACAAGGUAAUUUAAAGAUUACUAUGUAAACAGAAAAUGUAUUAAGGAAAAAUAUUGAAAAAUUUCCGGUUGAGCAGCUGCUGUCGGUUAAUCAGUUUGCCCUUCAAAACAGCAAGUCAUCGAUCAUUACGUGCUUCUAAAGAUGACUGUUCACUUUUGCGAUCAAAGCCACAUAUAAUUUAUCCGAUUAAUCACUUCGCCUGAACUGGUUCGAAGACGUUUGAAAAGCGCUGUUUUGUCUCACUACGGGGUUCAGAAAUCUUCAAUGUAAUGUUGAGCAUAUGUUAAGGCACUGAGACAUUAAACUUCUGAAAUUGGAACCUGUUUAGUCGAUCGAAUUAAUCGAUUAAUCAUCAAAUUUAACAGUUGCAUUUUUUAUCUUUACGUCUAGAAAGUUUUUCUCCUGACUUCUACAGAACAUUCCAACACAAUCAAGAUCUACUGAAUCAUUGAUUUUAUAUUUAUUUUUAAUCGCUUAAGUCAUUAAAUCAAUCAAUAAAUCAUCCAUUUAGUUGCAGUAAUCGCACUGAAUUGUUUAUUUUUGUCACCCCUCAUGUUUUACUACCUCAGGGGUUAUCACUUGUUUUACAACAGUGUGUUAUAAUUAGGCCUCCUAACCAUGCGGUGCAUUUUUAGAUCUCCAUGCCUGCUCUUUUACAUUGUGUGUCCACUAGCAGCAUUCCUGCUUUUCACAUUUGCAACACCAUUUGUUAUGGGUGAGUGACUAUCUAUAGUUCACUCUCCUUGUGCUUUCCAGCUGAUACUUUGCUUGUGUUUGUUGCUGGCAGAGCAUUUAACAAUGAUUAAAAAUGUGCCACUUUUUGCAUAGCAUGAAUCUAUAGGAGCUGUUGUUUCUCCGGAGAACUUAACAUACCGAUGCAGAUUACAACUUAAGCAGGGUCUGAUUUGGUUAAAAAUGUUCUGGAGAUUUUCACAAGUUUUGGUUCUGAGUCACCGGGUUCACAUCAGGUAUUUUUUCCUCCCCCAGUCCAGAAGAUUUUUGAGGAUUUGUUUUUUGGCAACUGUAUCGUGUACUUCUCAAAGUUCUCAUUAACUUCUCCUGGUAGACUCCCCUGCCUGGGCUUAUUGCCACAUGUGCUCUGAGGGAGGAUCAUAUUCCCCCCCGUUGAACCCUGCGAGUCCUCCACAUACCUCCGACUCUUUCCCACAUUAACCACAGCAGUUGUAGCCAUGAAACCUCAACCAGUAACUUGGCCGCACAGGUCCGGUAUCAAGAGUCAAAGUUGCACGUGGGCAGGAAAAGGUUAUCACCUUAACCAGGAUUGGUUUCGGCAUCUUCUGUCAGUGCAACACUCGAGACAAAUCAUGAAAAAGCGUCUGUCCGCAGUGAUUGUUGUUUCCAAAGGUGGAGUCAGAGUCAACAGAACAUUUUAUUUAACGGGGCGUCACUAACUCUAAAGCAACACAUCCCUGAGCAGUUUUUCCCUCCCAUGCAGCGCUGUUUGCUUAAGAGGAUGUAGUUGGAUCACAGCGUCUGAACUGCUGGAGUCUGAGAGGGGCCCGGGUUUGAAACAGCUGGCCUUUGUGUGUGCACUGUGUAUUAGUGAAGGUUCAUGUGCUGCCAGGUCCAGCGGAUAGAGGGGAAAACAAAUAGAUGUUUUCAUAAGAUCUGAGUUGAGAUCUGUUGACGCUAAAGGGUUGAGGAGCAUCUUGUUGCAUUUUGUUGUUUUUAAGUCAUGAGAAUAAAGUUGAGACUGCUCUACACGGUAGGGGGGACAAAAACACUUGGAUAUGGAUCAGCAGAUGUUCAUUUUAAAUUAGGGCUGGGCGAUAUAAAGUUUAUCACGAUAUAAAAAAAUCACUUGUCAAUCUUAAAUGUGUGUUCCCUGUUACUCUUAAAUGAAAUGUAACAGUGUUAUUGGUCGCAUGUCUGUUGCAAUACAAUAAGCUACUGCACUACUGGUCUUUUUGUCUCUUUGACGUUUUGUUGUAAGACGUUGUGCUAGAGAAAGCAGACUGGAUGGUCAGUUCAGCGCGGCGCGGACCUGAAGCAACUCCCCUUUUCAUUGGCUUGUCGUAUAGUCUACUAAAACAUGGCAGAAUACCAACUAUCGAAAAGUAUAUUGACCAUGUUUCAUAUCAAUAUUAAAAGAAAUUAGUUUUUGAUAUAUAUCAUUAUCGCUUUAUCGCCCAGCCCUAUGUCAAAUGAUCCCUUGGUUUCAUGGCUUAUAAAGGGAAAAUUUUGAUCAUAUCAUCCCCAAGAUGCGUUUUGAUUUUAUAACGUCUUUGUCCAUGUUUGUGUCCCCAUCAAAGCCCAACAUUAAAAUAGCAAGAAGCCAAGAAAAAGCCCAGCUACAAGUUUGGUAGGAACUUCAAAAAGGUCAUUUCUUCCAAGUUAAGUCUGAGGAUGCGUAUGUAUAUCGGUAUGACGUACCUUAUUUUUCGCACUAUAAGGCGCACCUGAUUAUAAGGCGCAUCAUCAAUGAACGCAUCUAUUCACAUCUAUUUUCAUACAUAAGGCGCACCGGAUUAUAAAGCGCAUUAAGCCAAAAAAUUCAGUCCGAUAAGUCAAACUUUAUUUAACUCAAUAACUCUGCGAGGCUACGGUAGCUGCAGUGCUCGGAUAAGCCAAAAGGAUUUUAAGUGCUCCUUAUAGUGCGAAAAAUAUGGUAAUCUAUGUAAUAGGGGUGGGAGAAAAAAUCGAUUCACAUAAGUAUCGUGAAUUUAUGUUUACAAUUUUUUGUCGUUUUUUUAUGUUCAAAAAUGGUUUUUUUUUUUCCAAAUAUAAGAAUAUUGUUUAAGAAUAUUGAACAAUGUUUCACUGAUGUUAAAAAUGCAGACUAAAAAUUGAGAAAAUCUACAAUAUCGUAGAAUCGUGAUUUAAAUUGAAUUGGCAUCCAAAAGCAUAUCGUCCAGCCCUACUAUGUAACAAGUGUCACAGAUAUGAGUUGGAAACAGCCAAUAUCAACCAUUAUCUUCUCUGAGACACAUUUCAGCUCGAUGUUUUAUGUGUUUCUAUAAAACUGUUUACAUUUUGGUACAUCCAGGGAAAAUCAGAGUCAUACUACGGUAUGGAUCCUGAUUUUAGUUCACUCACUAUAGUCAUAACAAUGGUUGUAAUUUACAUACAUUUAUGGCUCCUCUAUACCACCUUGUUGCCAGGAGCUUUAGAUAAAGAUAAGGUGUAACUCCUGGUUAUACAUUUGUGACUUUUACAACAUUUUAUAACUGUAAAUAACCAUCUAAAGAGUUAUUUUGAGGUUUAUGUGCACAAACAGAGAGAUAAUCUAAACACACAGAGGUGUGAACUUGCAUUUGAACGCGUACGUGUCUGUGAGUAAAUAUUAGGAACUGAAAGUGGAGUUAUGACGCAGCCAUUACUAUUUAGUGAGUACGUGUCUUUUGUUUUGUUUGAACAGUGAUUGACUGAUGCAAUACAAGCAGAAGCUCAAUCAGCCUAACGUGUAUUUCCCCUUCACUGACUUCUGUUUUCUCAGGAAGCUCUGAUGAAAUCUGAGUCGACCUUACUCAUUGGUUUGAUCAUCAUGACUUGGAAAAAUGUUAAACAGGGAGUCCUGCCAGUAAAGGGAGCUUUUUUCUGUUAGUUAUUACAUGACUCAGCAUUAAUAGUAGAAAGGAGUGGUUCUGUUUGUUUUCUGCGGGUCCUGCUUACAUAACCGUUUGGCAAGAACUUGGUGGGUUCAACUUUUGCCCUUUUUUUUCUGGCAGAUCAGACGAUAGCUUGUCUCUUAAUAUGUGUACACUUUUUGAUUUCUGCACUCUUUUUGUUGGCUAACGUAGCUGCUAAUGGUGAUUUGGUGAUAAGCUGCUUAUUCAAAAUAAAACCAAACUGCACCAUUUUUUCUGGAAGUUUAAACUCUCUGAUAUCCUGGAUUCUUGCAGUUUUAACGUAUAAAAGUAUGAUUUUAUUUUUAACACUGUGUCAUGUCUUUGUUCAGGGUAAGUCAUGCCGUCAGUUCCCUCCACCAAAGAGGCCGUGGUCAAGGCCCCCGUGUGCCCCCAUUCUGCCAAGCUGCUCAACCACACCAACGGAGACGCCAAACUCCACGAGGGCCCGUUCCCGCUGAACGGGGUCGACAAGCUGCACUCAGUUGAACCCGAAGAAACCAACAGGACCAUUCAGAUCAACACAAAGAACGCCAGUCCCGAGAGGAAAUGGAUCCGGCCCGACCUGCCGAGCCGCUGCAAGUGGAGCCUGGGAGCCUCGAAGGCCGACAACCCUCACACACAAGUUCCACGGUGAGUCUGAUCUUUAAAGCCGUUUAAGUAUGGGCAUUAAGUGUUAUUAUGUCGAUGUUUCUAUUCAAGGCAGCGUAAACCAGUUUCUUUUAACCCCUGGAGAAUGCUACCCGACAAAAAGAAGGGAUGAAGACUCCUUAAACCUGUGAAACAAGUGUCAUUGUCUUCAAAAAAAACAACUAAGAGUGUUUCCUCCCUGCAGAGUUUCUUCAUGCUCUGUCGUCUUAUCUCUAAGGGUGUAUCUGUUUACUAAAACCUUGAUUACUCCAUCAGAACUGUUGCUCCCACCAUCCUCCCAAACAUCCUGCACAGGAUCGGAGACACUCCUCUGGUGCGCAUCAACAAGAUUCCCAAAACGUUCGGACUCAAAUGUGAAAUACGUGAGUCACCCAGAGCACAAGCACAAACACGUCCUCUUAAUCUGACAUGAAGUGCGAUUGUUGGUUACGUCUGAAUCACUGAUAUCCUGUAAACAUGAGGGUCACGGUCCAGGAUUUGUUUAAUUUUUACUCUGUUUUUGGCGUGUGUCUCCAGUGGCAAAGUGCGAGUACUUCAACGCCGGCGGCAGCGUCAAGGACAGGAUCAGCCUGAGGAUGGUGGAGGACGCCGAGAGAUCCGGACUCCUCAAACCUGGAGACACGAUCAUCGAGCCCACAUCUGGAAACACUGGUAACAGAAUCAGUCAAUGUGUUGCAACAGUGGAAAGUUAUUUAGAGUUAUGAAUGAUGUGAUUAAACUCUUGUUUCCUGAAGGGUUGUGAAAUGUUUUGGUCUUUUUCUUAAAGGGAUCGGUCUGGCGCUGGCUGCAGCUGUGAAAGGAUACCGCUGCAUCAUCGUCAUGCCUGAAAAAAUGAGCAUGGAGAAGGUACGACUUUUUAGUUGUUAUCAAAGUUCCUCUUCCUCCAAAUAUGCACAUUUACAUUUUGAAAAAUUUUGUUCCUACCUCUGAUCACAUGAUCACAGGGAAUGGUAGUCAGGGGUAAACAAACAUGUAAAAGAGCUGUGAACAGAGUUGUCGGGUUAUAGUUAAAUCAUGUGAAUAUUCAAUAUUUAAAGAAGCUAAAAUGACCUACUUAAUGACCUACUUCUGCAAAAAAAGUGCCUAGUUUGUUCAAGUCCCAAAAAGAUUUUAAAAAGUCUUAACAUUUGCUUGAAGAAGUGUGUAUGAACCCCAUUUGGCGCCCUCUUGUGGUCAAAGCAGUCCUUGCUUAGAUUGUUUUCUCUUGUAAUCUCAUCCUGUUGACUUUCAACACACAAAUUUACAAUUAAUUAUGACAUUUUAAUUUAGAAACUGUGAAACAAAACCAUUCUUGAAGCUGUUUGGCGAACACCUACCCUCCCACACACAUUUCAAGCGUUAAAAAUAUGUUACUAUCAUCACUGAUCUUCUCACGGAUGGUCUUGCUGGUUUUUUUUCAUCAUAAAAAAACAUCCAUAUGAAUUUCAGUCAAUUUCAUAAACAUCAAAAAAACUCCUCACUGGAGCUUUAAAGCAGCGAAGCAUGCCAUUGGUGCAUGCUCUGAUAUCCUGGCGGUCAAAAACAACCAGCUGCGCUCUAUCACAACACUAAAAUCAAACAUGUCAAAGUAACAAGAAGGAGGCCUCUGUUUUAAAUCUGCAGUUUGUUUAUGUCAAAGUCCAAGUUCAAACUUGUGUGAACCUCAAGGCUGUAAAAAAAAGCCUCUCUGACACCCCUCUGUGCAAACAUGUUGCACAAUAAGAUAACAACAUGAAGUGUUUUCGUUACUCCGAGCUUUCUGUUUCACCACAUUUCUUAUCUAGAUUAAAAAUCUCAACGCUCGAGGGCUUUUAUAUGAUUAUAAUGAAUACAAAAUAUUAUAUAACAUGUAUUAUAUGAUAUUAUAUCAUUAUACAGCAUCGUACAAAGAGGAGACGUAUCAGUCGAAUAAUAGUAACUUUAAAUUCUGAACUACCACAUAAGAUAAUCACCAUUAAGACUGACAAUUUCUAUUUUUUGACAGCAGGCUGAGGUGGUUGUCCUUUUUUAAACUUUCUCCACAAAUAAAAGUCACUUUAAGUUAUAGACUUAGAUCGCUAAAAGAAACCAGGAGAACAUUUUUGUCAGAAAACACAAUAAAUGUGUCCACAAGAGGGCGCCAAAUCAACCGAGGUGGACAGAGGGGGUCCACUUUAAAUUAUAUCAAGUGUAUCUUUCACUGACAAAAAGCAGUUUUUCUGCACAUAAAUUAGCAGUAUAUUUUGAGACAGGUUGUUUUUAAGAAAAGGGAUUCAAAUAUUGGUAUAAAUCAGUAUCACUGUAUUUUGUCUUAUCUGUGUCCUUGUCCGCCUUCCAGGUGGAUGUCCUGAGAGCUCUCGGAGCCGAAAUCGUCCGUACACCCACCAGCGCUCGCUUUGAUUCACCAGAGUCUCACGUCGGCGUCGCCUGGCGCCUCAAAAACGAGAUCCCCAACUCCCACAUCCUGGACCAGUACCGCAACCCGAGCAAUCCUCUGGCUCACUACGACACCACAGCAGAGGAGAUCCUGGAGCAGUGUGACGGUGCGAAAAACACUUUUAAUAUAUCAAAAACUCUUACGAUAUCAUUUUUAUUUGCUGACAGAAUCUUAUUUUUCCUGAACUUCUCCUCCUCACAGGUAAAGUGGACAUGCUGGUGGCAGGAGCCGGCACAGGAGGGACCAUCACAGGCAUCGCCCGCAAACUGAAGGAGCGAUGCCCCAACAUCAAAGUGAGCAUCUGCCUUUCCGUCCAUGACUGAAGAAGAAGAAGAGGUACAAAAGCCCGGAAAGAGUUUUUAAUAUCGAAUGAUUUUCUUCUUGGUACAGAUUGUUGGAGUCGACCCUGAAGGCUCCAUCCUGGCUGAGCCCGAUGAGCUGAACAAGACCAACAAAACCCAGUAUGAGGUGGAGGGUAUCGGGUACGACUUCAUCCCCACCGUGCUUGACAGAUCUGUGAGUUCAAGUGUCUUUUUCUCCUCUCCUCGAAUGAUCGCUCUGCUUAAGAUAACGUCACAUAACCUGCUUUUAUUUCAUCCUCAGGUUAUAGAUUAUUGGUACAAGUCCAACGACGAGGAGUCCUUCAACAUGUCCCGCAUGCUGAUCAGAGACGAGGGCUUGCUGUGCGGUAAGUGUUUGCCUCUGAUAUCAACAGCUCGCGUGUAAACGUACACAGACAGACUUUGACAAUGAAGGCAAACUCUUCUCUGUAACAGGAGGCAGCUCUGGGACGGCGAUGGCAGCAGCUGUGAACGUGGCCAAAGAGCUGAAGGAGGGCCAGCGCUGCGUGGUCAUCCUGCCAGACUCCAUCCGUAACUACAUGUGAGCAUCAUUUUUAAACCUCAAAACUUUUGUCGUUGUCGUUUUCUUCCGCUUCAUCUGGGUCUGGGUCGCUUCCAGGCCAGGCGAGAGAUAUAAUCCCUCCACCUGGUCCUGGGCCGGCCACGAGGUCUCCUCCGGGUGGGACAUGUCUGGAACACCUCUAACAGGAGGCAUCUAGAAGGCUUCCUAACCAGAUGCCCGAGGCCACCUUAGCUGACUCCUCUCGACGUGGAGGAGCAGCAGUUCUACUCUGAGCGCCUCCCUAUCUCUAAGGCUGAGCCCGGCCGCCCUGCGAAGGAAACCCAUUUCAGCCGCUUGUAUCCGCGAUCUCGUUCUUUCAGUCAUUACCCAAAGUUCAUGGCCAUAGGUGAGGGUCGGCACGUAGAUCAACUGGUAAAUUGAGAGUCUCACCUUACGGCUCAUCUCUUUCUUCACCACGACUGAUCGGUUUAGCGUCCGCAUCACUGCUGACGCCGCUCCAAUCCGCCUGUCGAUCUCCCGCUCCAUCCUACCCUCACUCCUGAACAAGAUCCCGAGAUACUUGACGUUCAAGCUGUUCAAGUAAACAGAAAGAUAAUCUUGUUUUCUCUCUUCACUCUUAAGGUCUAAAUUCCUGAAUGACAAGUGGAUGGUCCAGAAGGGUUUCCUGAGUGAGGAGGACCUCAUGGUGAAGAAACCAUGGUAUGUUCUCAUUAGACGGUGAAUUUGUCCUUUUGCUGAAGUCUCCUUCCGUCACAGGUUUUGUAAAACUGUUUUGUUUUUAUAAAGGUGGUGGAACCUGAAGCUGCAGGGCCUGAACCUGUCCGCCCCGCUCACCGUCCUGCCCACCGUGAGCUGCCAGAAGACCAUCAAGAUCCUGAAGGAGAAAGGCUUCGACCAGGCGCCUGUCGUGGACGAGGCUGGGUGAGUAGAGAGAAAAAACAACUUCAAAUAUAACUUUAACACUCCGCUGAGGCUUGAACUUUGACCUCUGUGUGUAUUUGUGUGUGUGUGUGUGUAUACAGGUUGAUCCUGGGCAUGGUGACUCUAGGGAACAUGUUGGCCUCUAUUCUGGCGGGGAAGAUCAGGCUGUCCGAUCCAGUCAGCAAAGUCCUCUACAAACAGUUCAAACAGGUCAGACACCAAUGAAAGGAGCUUUUUUUUUUCAAGUUUUGAAAAAAAUUCAACAUUUUGUACAUUUUUACGUGAUCAAAAACAUUUAAAGCCUCUUUUGUCGAGUUUCUUUUGUAUCUAUAACGAGCUUUUUUCACCGUGUUACCCUUUUUAGAUCCGUCUGACUGAUAAUUUGGGGAAGUUGUCCCGUAUCCUGGAGACCGAUCACUUCGCUCUCGUGGUUCAUGAACAGAUUCAAUGUAAGUGAAACGCACACAAAUACCCACAAACUUGUAUGUACUUUUAGUUCUGCAGCUGAUGACUGCAUUGUGUGCGCAAUGUUAGCUUUGGCGCCCCCUUGUGGAAGUAUAAAAUACGCACUUUAUUUCACACCAUGAUGAAAUGAUCAUAAUAGUGAUAGUAGGUAUAAACUUGAUCAUCAGUUCAUAUUCAGACUGUUAUUUUGCGACUGAGUGCGUGUGCAGGGUCAGUGUCUCCCCCAAGGACGCUCUUGUUGACCGCGGCGUGAGAACACGGCGCUCCGCCGCUCCUUCACAUUUAUGAUAAGACAGGCGUAGCUCGGUCAGCUGACUUGCUACUGAUUGUUAUUUUCUGAUAUGUGAAGGUCAAAGUCAAGCUGCACCCCAAACAAGGCUGCGUUUGGUAGAAAUCUGACCCUUUCAAAAUAAAAGCUGAAACAGAAAGCAAAAAGUUGUUAAUUUAUUGUUACUGUUAUUAAUUCUCCAUUUGAUUGUAGAUGCGUCAUCUAUUCCAGGUUAUCAGCAUUUCCUUUUCCCUUCAGCAGCUGUAUAAUAACAAUUAAAAAAAGCCCUGAUUUGAUGCUACAGGGAGGCGUAUCCGGUCAAAGCUUGGCACACUCUUAUCUUUUACAUCCUGCGUAAUUGCUCUCAUUCACCUCUCAUGAACCUGCUGAAGGUUAUUGUCGUCCAAGCUGCACAGGAGGGAUUUGGCUGUUACACAUCAUCCCCAUAUGAUGGUUAAAUCCAAACUGUUCAUGGUGGGAGUUUGCCAAAAAAAAAACACAAAUACCAUCAACAUUACUCCAAGUGUUACAAAAUGAGGGCCCAAGAUUGGUAUUGUGCUUAAACCCUUUAUUAAUAAACUAGAAAUUAGAGUUUGUACAGCCAUCACGUAGAUAAAACUUUUUCUGCCUUUUUUUUUUUUUUACUUUUGGACCCGUCUAUGAGUUGAUUAAUCAAAAUUUUCUGUAAACAUCUUUCAGGGUUCCUUUACAUUUGGAAUUUCCAUACUUUUCCACACCCUACUUUUUGGAAAUACCUACUUUUUUGUUUUUGAAGACAGUAUUUUAGAACUGUGGUAAUAGUCUAGAAAUAUAAAUAUUUUUCCAUACUUUAUUUUUCAUUUUCAGUACUUUUUAAGACCUAGAAAUUGAUUAAAUUUAUUCCACACCUUUUCAUAUUUUCCAUACUUGUGUAGGAACCCUGAUCUUUUAAGUCCCUUUUGAGCAUCAAACAGAAGAUUCUUUGUUAGAUCCUGCAAAAGUCUGUUGGAAUAAACCUUUUUUUUCUUAUUUGUCCCAUUAAAAAAUGAAUUCAUGAAGCGUUAUACCCUAACAGACAAGUAUAUUUCUAUAUUCUCAUACUUCUGUGCUAUUAUUCCAUCAUUGUGGUCAUCUUUAUCCCUCCUUUAGAUCUGACAGACGGCUCUCCCAGUCUGAAGCAGAUGGUUUUCGGCGUGGUGACGGCCGUCGACUUGCUCAACUUCGUCACGGGCCGAGAGAGGAGGGAGCGAUCCCUGUCAGAGUCCACUGACGAGUUGAACUGAAACAUUCAGUACACACUUUAUCAUUUCUUCCACUAAAAAAAAAAAAACAAAGAUAGAAAAAGAAAAACAGGUAUAGAAGUCUUAGAGAUGGCAGAAUCAUAGUCAUGUCAUUCAUUUAGUUUACCAGCUUUAUUCCACUUACAACAAUAUUGAUUUUUUAUGUUUGAACUUGAGUCUUAAAGAAUAAUAAGCAAAAUACGGUUUACCUAUAAGCCAACCUGUGAUGGGAUUACUUGAUUAUUACUUAUUUUAUUUGCUUGUAGUGUUCAUAGUAGAUCUUUUGUAAGUUUUUAACCUGUAGAAAGCUUUAAGUUUUGUAUCAGAGUCUCAAAUAGUCGACUCUGUGUUCAUUUUUUGCUUGUUGGAACAUCCAUGAUUGUUUCACUGUUGCCUUGUGUAUCAAUCAAACUUCAGAAAUAAGACAAAGAAUAGUAAGAACGCCACAUUCAUCUCAUUUAGCAAUAUAAGAUAAGUAUAAGUUGCUGUAUAUAAGCAUAUUUUUCUUUUAAGUGCUGCUUCUUAUUUUCUGCUUCUUCAUUUGUGUAUAUAUGUACACAAAACAAAGAGAAUCUGUGCAAAAUGAAAUCAUAUUUUUUGAAGAAAAAAAAAGAAAAUCUGUCUUUCCCCUCUUUUAUUUCCUACUCAUGGUCUUAUAUGUGCCUGUAAAGUUGACUUGCCUAUUUAAUCUUAGCUCUGUCUGAGAGAAACGUUUUGUAUUGCAUCAUUUUUCCUCAAUGAAUGUGUAUGAUCUUAAAUAAAGUUUAAAGAUACUCUCUAAAG